AACAGUUACUCCUCUUUGGCUCUUGCCAAGUUGUGAUUGUGGCGAUUGACGAUUUUUGGUUAUAAAUAUAUUCACGGAAAUAUAAUAUAAUUCUUAUAUUACAGACAUAUGAAUGGUCCAUUUAAUCCAGUGGCAAGAACAUAUAAAUUGUAAUAAUGCAGGGCCCCGCAGUUUUUAUGGAUAUAUCCUUAGAAGAUCAGGCGCAGGAGUUGAGAAAAUAUUUCAAAAGCCUUGGUGCUGAAAUAUCAGAAGAAAAAUCACCAAAAGGUAUUGAGGACGACUUGCACAAAAUUGUUGGUGUAUGUGAUAUAUGCUACAAGGAGAAUAAUGAAGCAGAUAUUGAAGCCAUAUUGAACAGUAUUGUGUCCAUAAUGGUGUCUAUACCAUUGGAGCGUGGAGAAAAUCUUAUUGUAGCUUUUAGUCAAAGACUUGGCAAAGCUCCAGGACCUAAGCUUGGUUUCGUGGCUUUACAAUCCUUAUGGCGGCUAUAUAACAAUCUGGAGCAGGACUCUCCGUUACGGUAUCAUGUUUACUAUCAUGUGAUAGAGCUUGCAGCCAGGACUGGUGGUGUUGGAGAGGUUUUCAAGAAUGUGGAACAGCUGAAGAAGGAGUUUGCAUCUUGCCCACCAUCCAACGAACAAAUGCAAAAAUUAUACAGAUUGUUGCAUCAAGUUUUGAAAGAUCAGAAUAGUGAACUUGCAUCAAAAGUUAUGAUUGAAUUACUAGGCACCUAUACAGAUGAAAAUGCCUCAUACGCAAGAGAAGAUGCAAUCAAAUGUAUAGUUACAGCACUGGCAGACCCUAAUUCAUUCCUACUGGAUCCUUUAUUAUCUCUCAAACCCGUGCGCUUCCUGGAGGGAGAAUUAAUACAUGAUCUAUUAACUAUAUUCGUGUCUGAGAAAUUAUCAAGUUAUCUGCAGUUUUAUAAUAAUCAUAAGGAGUUUGUUCAGUCUCAAGGUUUGAACCACGAUCAAAAUAUAAAAAAGAUGCGGAUAUUGUCCUUCAUGCAAAUGGCAGAGUCAAAUCCAGAACUCACAUUUGAUGAGAUCACGUCAGAGCUGCAGAUUGAAGAUAAAGAUGUCGAGGCUUUUAUUAUUGAAGUGCUGAAGACGCGGCUGGUGCGCGCGCGCAUGAACCAGGCGCAGCGGUCGGUGACGGUGUCGAGCACCAUGCACCGCACGUUCGGACGGGCGCAGUGGCAGCACCUGCGGGACGUGCUGCUGUUGUGGCGGACCAACCUGCAGCAGGCGCACGAGUCCAUGAGCUCCGUGACCGCGGCGCAGCUCGAGUACACGCAGCAGAAACCCUGAACACUGCGCCACCGCCACCUGGCUGAUAUUCAGAAACAACUACCACUCUGUCAUAUUAAAAAAAAAUACAACACAACAGUUACAAUAUGUACUUUUUAAAUACUUUUGUAGAAGUAUCAUAUUUAAAUAAAACAUUUUUUAAAGGAUUAAAACGUGUGUUAUUUUAAUUAUGUCUUUACAGUAGAUUUUGCGUAAAAGUUACAUUAUUAUUAUUUUAGUAAACCCGACGUUUCGUGACAUUUCCAGAUCACCUCACGAUCACGCAGUCCCCUUGAAACAAUUGCACGCAUUUUAAUACUUUAAAAAGGGUUUAUUUGAUUAACAAAGAAAAUUAUUAAAGUAACAUAUUAGAAAAAAAUUUUGGCAAUAUUGAUACAGUCUGUUAACAUUUCAUCUUACUGUUUCAGAUUGAUUAGUUAUAUACAAAAUUGUACUUUUUUUGUUUUUCACUAUUAACUUUUUACUACAAUAAUUAGCAUUCUAGCGGAAUUCAUUGUGUCUCUGAAAAUCAGCCUUAGUAGCAGGAACUGCGGGGUUUUAAUUAUAGCUCUGUACAUUUUGUAUUUUUGAAACGAAAAUCAGUAAAAAUUCCUGAACAUUUCAAUUGAAUAUUCCCGUAAUAUCUCUGCAAGCAGGGUUACAGACGAAUAGAAAUAGCCAGAAACAUAUAGAUCCGGGAAGGAUCUUGAGCAAUGAGACUAACUAUUCUAAAACUAAAAGUGAUUUUUCAUAGCAAAUUUUAGUACCACCUCACAAAAAUUCACAAAUAAGUUAACAUCUAAAUAGUUAACUGUAAAAGUAAUAAGAAAAAUGUUACAAAACUAUUUAUAAUCAAUUUACUAAGCUUAUAAGAAUGAAUUACGAAUAAUGACAUAAUGAGUAAUAUUCAAACAGUAAUUGGACAGAGUAACAACCUAAUCAACAGUUGAAGCGAAAGCCAGUAAGACAUCGCCUUUCAUAGAUGUCUCCACCUUCCUCUUUUCUCACUUUCUACACUAUCGGCCCAACAAAUGCAAUUGGCAUAAAGUUAUAUCUGAGAAUAAACCUUUACUUUAUGCAAUACUGAGAAAAAACUUAUACGCAAAAUGUUUGCUUAUGAUUGGUUUAUUCGGACGUAUAACGUUUCCCGCGUUUAUAUGCAAGGCUACUUGACAUUCGCAAAAGUUCAGAAUUAUAUAUUUUUUUUAAUUUAUUUAGUGGCACAGGAUGAGAAAUAACAUUGCAUUGACAGUGUUGACAGCGAUAUAGUCAAUAUUUUGGAUAUUCUUGGUGUAUAAGCACGUGCGUUGGAAAACAUAUGUUAUUAAAAAUCAAAAUUAGUUAAGGCGGAACAAUAGACAGACAGGUUUAUACGUUUAUAUAACUUAAUGCCAAGUUUAGUUUUAUAUUUAUUAUACUUUUUGUUAGUAAGGCUGUAUAUGGUUUUAUUUAUAAGAAGGCUAACACCUUUCAUAUUAAUGCAGAUAAAAAUUACAAUUAUAUACAGUUUUAUGCGCAUGAUAAUUAUAUUAGGUAUGUAUAGUACUUAUAAUAAAACAAAAUUUUUGACUUCUGCACAUCCAAUCCCGGGAUCUAUAUUAUGUUUACACAUUAAAAACAGUCUGUCGAAAUAAUAUAUAGAAUUACUUGACCAUUGUAUAACUUCUAAAUAAAGUCCUUUCUGCCAUA